AUGGGUUCUACAGCCGCUACUCAUGUGUGUUUCCCGCGCGGCGGAGCUCUGCUGGCCAGCUGGCUGGCAGGCUGGAACGGCAGUGGUGUUGAUGCUGAUGUGUGUGUCCGUGCGCAGGUGCUCAGCACGUCUACUCUCUCCGAAAUCCUCGAUGAUCUGUGUAUUAGAUUCCUGAUAUUCCUUCCGGAAGAGGAGUUGAGUUCGAUUGAGCGAAUAUGCUUCCAGAUCGAAGAGGCCCAUUGGUUCUACGAGGACUUCAUCCGCGAGAUCAACCCGGGUGUGCCGAAUCUCCAUCUGCGGCAGUUCAUCCACCAGCUGCUCAACCACGUGCCGCGCUCCCUAAUAUCGCACAUCCCGCUGUGGAAGACCGAGACCGCCUUCACCGAGUUCAUGUCGUAUAAAACGCGCGUGCCCGUGCGUGGCGUCAUCAUGCUGAACGUCAACAUGGACAAGGCGGUGCUCGUCAAGGGGUGGAAGAGCGGCGCGAGCUGGAGCUUUCCGAGAGGAAAGAUCGAUCAGAAUGAGGACGAUAGGGAUUGCGCCAUCAGGGAGACGUAUGAGGAGACCGGCUUCGAUCUUACCGGGAUGGUCGGCGCGGAGGAUAAGAUCGAUAUCAACAUCCGGGAGCAGGACAUGAGGCUGUACAUCGCGCCGGGCGUGCCGGAGGAUUUUAGGUUUGCGCCGAGGACGAGGAAAGAGAUUAGCAAAAUUGCCUGGCACAAGUUGUCGGAACUUCCGGGUUACUCGGCGAAGAAGGGACAGCGAGAAGAGAACAUUCGCUCGGGAAAAUUCUUUUUGGUCGCACCAUUCAUUCGCGAGCUGCGUAAGUGGAUUUCGACAAACGGGAAGCAGUGGCUAGAGCAACAGCAAGGAGCUGCAGCAUCGAUACAGAGACAACUAGCGACAGCAGCUCAGAAGCUUGAGCUUGGAGAAGCUACAUUGAAGGCAGAGGAACCUCCCCUUUCACCCCCGGAGCCCGCACCACCAAUCACGCAACCAGAAGACUCAACGACAAGCUUGAAGAACUUGCUGGGCAUUCCCGUGCAGCCAGAAGCACCAGCCAUGACCGCAGCCGAGCAAGACGAUGCUUCCAGAAGACUCAGGGAGAUGAUCGGUGGGAUUUCGCAACCGCAACAUGCCGCUCCUACGGUGACCAACGGAUCCAACAGGGGCGAUCCCCUUUCGGAGAAUCCGAAUGCGAAGAUGCUUCUUUCAAUUUUACAGCCCUCCGGCCCAACCACAUCAUCCCAUCAUUCCCCUCCAUCCCAUCGUGGACAGCAACAGCGCAUGAACACAUUUCCUUUGCCUUCUCCGCCACCGACAUCACGGUUUGGCCCGCCGCCGUACCCGCAGCCGCAACAGCAGCAACAGCAACGAGGCGCCCCGCUCCCGAUGAACCAGUUUUUCGCGAAUCCGCCGAUGAGCAUGGCGCAGCCGGGGGUUCAGAUGCCCCAGCAGGGAAAUAUGAUGGCGCAGCAUGGAAACAUGAUGGCCGGGAACGCGAUGCUUCAGCAUUUCGGACAGCGCGACCCUCCGACGCCGGUGGAUUCUUUCCAUCCGCCGCCACAGCAGCAGAUUCGACAUCAGGAUUCUGGGCAGGCGGGAGCUUUGCUAUCUAUUUUGAAGGGUACUAGGACUCCAAACCCUAUGACCCCGCCCCCGCCAUCCCGUCAAGCAGUCUCAGGCUCCAAUCCGGCACCACUUCGGUCACCGCCACCACGCGGACCCAAGGUUCAGACCUCGCAGCGCAAUUCUCCCCAGCGCCAGCAGCCGCAGCGGCAUAGAAACAAUCUUGCCAACAACCGGUCUUCCACUGCUGCCCCGGUGUCGCAGGCCUACCAACCUCCUCCUCGUCCGACGACCACCCAACCGCGUCAUCAUACCCCGCCACCUCCUUUGCGCCACGGAACGCCCGUCGCAAUCGAUCACUAUGGAGCCCAAAAGACGACCGCUCUCCCAACCACCAACUUCGACCGCCGCGAAUCGGUCAGUGGCGAGCGUGCGCAGACGCUUCUGGCGAUGUUCAGAAAGCCCCAAGCCCCCGCGUCGCCCAUGUCUAUGCCCAUGGAUGAGGCCGUCAUGUCGAGCCCUGAGAUGGAACAGCGCAAGCCUGUGCAACGACCACCGCCGAGACUGAGCACAGCUGGUGUUGGCGCUUCGUCUGCGCGUCCGGGUCUUGCCAGAACGCCCACGGGAUUGGCGAAAGCCAAUCUGUUGGCAUACCUGGAGGGUGUCGCGAGUGAGAGGAACGAUGGUGGUGGCGGCGGUGUGCCUCUUUCGUAA